GUGAGUCAUGACAGUUUACCUGAGCAGCUGAUAGCGGAGUCCAUCAGGAAGAAAAGUCGUUCGAUGCACCUUUCACCUCAACAGCUCCGCCUUUGUGUCCAGGAGUACCAGGGACAGUACAUCCUGAAGGUGUGUGGCUGUGAUGAGUACCUGUUGGAGAAGUAUCCUCUCAGUCAGUACAAGUAUAUCCGGUCCUGUAUCAUAGUGGGUCGUCUUCCUCACCUCAUGCUGGUCUCCAAAGACAGUCUCUACUCUCAGCUACCUGCCUCUGGCUUUGUCACUCCUUCAUACAGUCGUCGGACUCCUCAGCCAUCUCCCUGUCCAGGAGGAGGUGAUGGUUCUCCUCCUCGCUCUCUGUGGGCCUUCAACACUCUGUUGAGGGUCCGACUGCUCUGCGCCACCUACGUCAACGUCAACAUCAGAGACAUCGACAAGAUCUAUGUAAGGACAGGUAUUUAUCAUGGUGGAGAGCCGCUUUGUGACAACGUCAACACACAGAGAGUCCCCUGCUCCAACCCCAGGUGGAACGAGUGGCUGACCUAUGACAUCUACCUGGCUGACCUCCCUCGCUCAGCCAGACUCUGCCUGUCUAUCUGUUCUGUGAAAGGAAGGAAAGGAGCCAAGGAGGAGCACUGUCCUCUGGCCUGGGGAAACGUUAACCUGUUUGACUACACAGACAUUCUGGUUUCGGGUAAAGUGGCUCUCAGUCUUUGGCCGGUCCCUCACGGCCUUGAGGACCUCCUCAAUCCCAUUGGAGUUGCUGGUUCAAAUCCCAAUAAGGAGACUCCCUGUGUGGAGCUCGAGUUCUCCUGGUUUAAUCAGACCAUCGUGUUUCCUGAUGAGCAGCAGAUAGAAGAACAUGCCAACUGGACCAUCAGCCGAGAGCUGGGCUACAACUACUGCCAC